AUGACUAAUAUGUAGGAGAGCUUUCAAACAGACUGUUUUACUCAAGCAGUAAGUUUGGCUUAGUGAGGGCUUGGUCUGGAAUCUCUUACAGGUCCUUUUGAAUCAUACAUAGAAGAAAGAAAACAUUCAAUGUCCUUUUGCAUUUGAAACUAUUUUAACUUUUUAUGUUCAUUCACAUUUUGAAUAUUAUUACAGAAGCAGCAGACAAAUGUUACAAUGACCCAUCCCAAAGGAGAGCAAUCAGCCUGACCCCCUUACACUGUGUUAUACAAAUUAGUCUUGCACAAAAUUAUCAAUGACAAGAGAAUUGAUUAGUGCUCUAAUCUAGGGUCAUAGUUUACAAUUGGACAUACGCAAAGUAGGACAAAGGAUACAGGUCAAACAAUAUAACUGGAUACCUAGAAAAGUAAAUUGUAUCCAACAACUGUUCAUGUUUCUGGUGUUAAUCAAAUAUGCUAGCACACCUUCAACAGUAAUACUCUGUUACUUAAACCUGCUGGAAAGAUUUUGUCUCUGUAUAAAAGGAAUUCAGUUUGAAAACAUAUGUUACAAUCUUUUUCCCAGCAUAACUAGGGGUUGGCCAUUAAACAUUUCAAUAAAUCCACUGUGUUCUGGCAAAAAUACUUUUAGAAAAAUAUCAAGGCAGAAUCUCAUCAAGACUUGGAUACAUACUAAUAUAACUUACUACAGAUGUUUGUGUGGACUGGAAGAUUUACUGAGAGACAUUUGCUUUGCAACAUAAAAGUAUCAUACAGAAUUGUGAUAACUUUAUGGCAGCAAAAUAAGAAACUAGAGAUAUGGGAGCAUGUGCUCUUAUUUUUGAUUUAAAAUACUAUUUUCGUCAGUUCACCUACAUCUGGGAAACCCACAAGGAGACUACAUUGUCCUCCUGUAGGGCCUGAUCCAAAGCCCAAUGAAAUCAGUGGGAGUCUUCCCAGUGACUUCAGUGAACUUUGGAUCUGUCCCUUAAAACUCCCCCAUGGUGUGAUACAUCAGAAACACUUGAUAGUGGUUAGGCACUAUUCAUAACUGUCUGACUUGUUCCCUUGUGUUCCUUGUCUAUUUGUCACAUCAGUUUGUUAUAUUUUGUCUUAACUUUGGGCCCCAGUUCUGAAAACACUUGUGCAUGUACUUAACUUUACUCCAGUGAAUAGUAUCAUUGACUUCAUGUGAGUAAAUGUUUGCAGGAUUGGGGCCUUAGGUUGUUAGCUCUUUUGGGCAUGAACCUUCUUUUUGUUAUAUAUUUGUACCGUAACUAGCAUAAUAGCACCUACAGGCCAGGGCCCUAUCACAAUACAAAUAAUACUUAAAGUCCAGAUUGGUGGACUUUUGGUUGCUUUUAUUUUAUUUUUUUAACGUUACUGUUCAGUAGCAAUGUAACAAAUUAAUGAUCUGUUUUCAGGAAAUUAAAAUUGGUUCCAUAAUAAUCUUAUACAGGGUGAAUGAGAUGCUGGUUAUUGUUACUUCUUACUAAUUUGUGUACUUGUUAUCAGAGUUGAAGAGUUUUUGCCUGAACCCUUAUAGUACAGCUGGAGAGCAGAGAUUGAUUUUGGAGGGACAGGGUCACAUCAAGUGACUUUGCAUUAUCAAUUUUGAUUGUUUAGCAAAAACACCAAGCCUCACCUCAGCCCUUAAUGAUGGUGAUGCUAAUACCUAGCUCUUAUAAAGAGCUUUUCCUUUCAAAGCAUUUUACAAAAGAGGCCAGUAUCAGUAUCCCUCCAUUUUACAGAUGGGGAAACUGAGGCCCAGAGAGGGGGAAGUGUCUUGCCCAAGGUCACCCAGCAAUGAUGUGAUUAAACUCCAUGAACCUUGCUCAAUAAAUCCCAAAAUGCAAGAAUGCAAAGAGUGUAAUUCCAGAGUCAGGAAUAGAAAUUAGUUCUUUAGAACUUCUAGUGGAUCUGGUGUUUCCCACACCAAAAGAAAAUUCACAGUGUUCAUUAUAAUAUAUGUCCUGAUGGUCAUCUCAUAUGCAGCACAUUCUACCUGCGAUUUCUCUCUCUUUUUAAAAAAAAAAAAAAAAAAAACCACCCUUUUUCUUUGGAACUAUACGAAAAUCUCUGUGCAUGUAGAUAAUGUACUGUGCUCUUGAGGGAAAAAACACUAUCUCUAGGCUUGUCCUAUACUAUACUUUGGUUGUAGACUUAAAGCACUGAGGUUUACAAUAUGGAUGAAUUUUACAAGAUCUCUUCCACUGAGAGAGUCCAGCAGUUGGAAAAAGAACUAGCUGUUCAACUGGCAGAGCUGAAGACAGAAAUAGAAGACAAUGGGGUACUGCAGGGAACACCAGAUAGAGCUUACAGCUCUGUUCCGAUACCAAAGGACACUUCGUAUUUCAGAAAAGAAAGGGAGGUGAUACUGAAGAAAGUUUUACAGGUAGCAGAGGCAAAACCUCUUGUUGUUCAGGCUGCUGUCAUGCAGAGGGAGCUAGAGAGCUGUCUGAGAAGAGAGUAUACAGCAGAAAGCUUACCUCUGUUACUACACCAGUUUUUUACAGACAGAAUUACCCAUCUGGUCCAGAGUAAAUACUUACACAUGCUGAGAUGGAAGAGAUUUUGUAGGCACAGCAGUGUUAUUGAACAGCUUUAUCCCCUCUAUCAGAAACAAAUUGGUCACAUUAUGCAGGAGUACAACGAUGCUGUUCAGAGGGCUGCGAGACUGUCGGCUGCACGACAGAACUUCCUGACAGGAAAGAAAAAUUCUGUAACUAUAGUGACACAGGAAGACCUGGUUAUUUACAUGCAGUGGUUAGUGUGUCACCUACACUCUCUCAAGGCCAUUCACAGCUACUUUAGGGUACUCCAGUAUUUGCCUAUCUCUCACAGAAUGGAGUUGGUUAUUGAGAAACACCCUGAGGUGGCCCAGGAUAAUGGGGACAAAUUCAGAAGUGCCACUAUGUCUGAAUCCUUAUCCUCUAAUAUUCACUUCUCUCUUUGCCCCAGCAUUUCAGGAAGAGAGGGACCACACAGCAAGGAUGCUGUAUUCACGCUGCCCCAACACACAACAGAGACUGAAGAAUUGAAACCUCAGCUCCGACUUCUGCUUUCUCACUUCGGUGUCUGCUAUGAUACGGAGAAUCUCAAGAACUCUGCUAAUGAGAUGGAGCUUUUUUCCCUGGUCAUCCGGAAAUUUCGAAGUGUCUUCAGCAAACAGCAGACAAUGAGAACCUUUCCAGUGUAUGAUGCAGGGGUGCCUGGGGCAGAAAACUGGGGUAUUUUAGGACCUAGCAUGUCUUUGAAAAAGAGAGCCAGCUGGAUUCCUUUUAUAAAGAUUAAGCCCAAACAAGAUCCCUGGCAGCAAAAGCUUUUGGCAAAACUGAAACAAUGGAAAAAAGUGGAUGAACUAUUGCAUCUUCAAUCAAAGUUUUUAGAGGUUUCUGAUAUGGAGCAAGUGAUUGACGUUCUCCAGGAGCAUGCGACAGAAGUGCUAGAGCCAAGUCCAGUGCGAUCAAGUUUUGUGACUUCUCACAGCUCAAGACAGCAUAACUAUGAUCGAAUCUGGGAGAGAAUUUAUAGCAACUCAGAGCUCCAGCAGGAUCAAAACACAGAGGAUAAUAAUCCUGCCGUGGCUAUGAAUGAGAAGGAUAUGGAAACGAUCAGUCUCAGCAAGAAUCCAGGAUCUUCCAGGAAGAAGAAAGAAAGAGGGUAUAGUUUCGUAACCACCUUGCAGCUGCUGGGUUUAGAUGAGGGCACAGAGGCCAACAAUAAGGACCUGAUCAUGAGGAAAGGAGCCUACUUGUCCGUCCUUUACUUACGUCACCUGAGAAUCAGAGAGCUCCAGCGGGUCUGCCUGGGAAUCCUGAACUACUUCAGAUCUGUUGAGCGAACUUUAACAAUCAGCACCUCAGGUCUCACCCUGCAUGCUGGUAAUCUAGUCCCCAGUGCUGAAGAUACCUGUUGGGUAAAUGCUAUCAAAGGAGGCAUUGGAGUUUCUGGUGGUCUUGGUUCUCACCACUAUGUCCAUUAUACACCAGCUGACUUCAAGGUCCACAGUACACAGUUCAUGGAAUUUUCUGAGGUGGAAAAUCAUGAUGACUUUUACACCACUCAAGAUGGAUACAUUCACACACAGGACCAGCGAGGAGCUUACAUCAUGUAUGAUGUAGCUUUAAAGGACCUGAAGGACCUUGAAAAUCAGCUGCUGCUCGUGGCAAGCCAGUACAUUGAACAAGAUAAAAGCUACGUGACAUACCAUCAAUCCAGGGAUGACAACCUCUUAGCGUGGGCGCAUGCAUCUGUGGAUCGAUUUGCGGUGCUGCUUGACAUUUGGACUUGUGAAGCUGCUCUCUUAGAGAAUAAACGUCAGCUUCUAGAUGGUUACUUUGAGGCUUACCAGCAUGCUCUGGAUACAGAGGAAAGAUUUGCUUUGGCCCAAGCAAUAACUGACGUCAUGCACAAACGCCCACGAUUUGAUCUCAGCCUCAGGUAUUUUGUGAACACUUACGAUGAUGAAUGCAUCUGCCUCAGGCUUCAGUUGCAGCUGGUGAGAGAGAUAUUCAGCCAACAUAUAGAUGCCCAGCGGGAAUAUGUCCAAAAGAUUUGGCGAAAAGAUCAGACAGGUGGUAUCAAUGUAUUUGGACUUCCCCAUAAUAUAAUUGCUAAGCAACUUAUCUCUCUGAACAACAGUUGCCCUACUUUGAAGAACAUUUACUUGCUGGAGUUUCACCCUUCCCUGGGCCUGGCAUCUUUAAUCCCGAAAGCUCUUGAGUACGUCUCUCAGGAGUUCUAUAGCAUCUGUAGACCAAAAACACCCAGUGAGGCAACUAGUCUAGAAAAACAAGUACUUCAGCUAGCAGUGGAUGAAUGGCUGGCCAUGGAAAAGCCUGAAUCUUCAUACAGCUCUCAAAUUCAGAAAGAUUUAUUUGCAGACACACUGCUGGAAGACCCACUCCUUGUGCGGGAUGUUGCUAUGUUAGCACUAGAGUCAGGAACAGAUGAAGAAAAGAAGCAAGGCAGAGAAAAAAAAGCCUUUAUUCUGGACAUCUUCUCCAGACUCCUGGAACUCAUCACACUCCGCCAUCGAUUGAUAGAGGCAGCCCUGGAGAGUGCACAGUUGUCUAGAAUGUACAAGGCAUUUGCAGGGGAGAUGGGUUUUGAUGAGUUCCAUUUAUAUUUGAGGCCAGUGCACUUUGAAUUUGCAUCUCACAAGGAGAAAGCAGACCAGCCCCCACCAAUAUUCAUUACAGCUCUCCUAGAAGAUGACAGUAGUGUGGACAGAUAUAUUCCAUCGAAUUUAUUGUUAAGCAUUCAAGAGAUUGACAAUAAUCAAAUUGGAAAAUUUAGCUUUCAUACAAGAGAUGGUGUUAUUCAGCUCUUAUCCCCAUCUGGAGUGGAGAACAUGCAGAUCACUCUUGCCUGUCAAGUCACUCAAAAAAAUGCUCUUAUUGUUGCUGUUCAGCAAGCCUCAUUUUGUCACAUGAUCCAGCCUACACGUACAGUGGACAUGAAGGAAGCAAAUUUAAGUUUGAAGAGUCAAAGCAGCUCAGCAAGUGGAAGAAAUUCAAGAUCUGGAAAUGAAACAGAAAAACAGUCACUGAUGGCUGCACCAGCAACUUCAUAUUCUACAGGGCACCCUUUAGAUGGACACUGGACCAUUAAAAGGCCUCCAGAAGCUUUUGUAUCCAUUCAGUUGGAGAAACUGGGGCCACGGGACAUGAUGCUGAACACGUUCAUUCAUAAGAAAGAAAUCAUGGGCAGCAGAAUGCAGAACCCUAAUGAAGAAGAAAAAAUCAAAAGAGAAGUUAUUGCUGAAUACUGUCAUAAAUUGAGCCAUCGUAUGUCACUGUAUGCCCUGCGAGGCCAGAUCAUUGCAUACUACAAUAGUCUGAAAAUCCUGCUAGAAGAUUUCCCUGUCAUCAGAGACAAAUACUUCAUGAUUGGGCUAUCUCAAGAGAAAAAGAGGACCAGAGACUCAAAGGAAAAUCUUGAGGCUGAUCCCAGGUCAUUUCAGGCACGACCACAUCGUUUGUUGUCUCCUGAUGGGCAAGCCUUCCUCAAUUUGUGGUUCAUUCCUCACCCUUCUGAGGUGCUGAUUAUGUUUAAAAUGCUGCCAGAGAAGGCUGCUUACAGAGCACUCAGGCAGAGCCUGCAGAUUGUGGCAGCACUUCAUGACAUCGUUUCAUACCUUUUCAGCUUUGCUCAAUUAGGAAACUCCCCAAACUGUUUUGAUUCCCUAAAUCCAGAGCCUCUGACCGCGGACUGGGGAGGGAACGAAAGGAUCGGAACUGAACUUCAAGAGCUACAAAAAAUGAUUGACAGCCUUCAAAACCCCUUGGAUCCUAACAAAGUUGCCCAACUGCUAAUCAUUCAAAGAGAAGUUAUGUUUCUACAGUUUGAUGCAGCAGUCAGACAUUUAUUACGAGAAGUAUAUUUGUCCUCUGGGAAUAGUUUGGCUUACCAGAGUGUUACAGACAGUAUGCACCAUGGGCUGCCUCCCCUGAGUAACUCUGCAGUAAGGAGUAUAUUUGCCUCACAGCUCUGGCUCCCGCAGCUACUGGACCCACGCAGCCCCAUCACAUUGACACUGUUUCCUUGGAGGGCAUUUCUAAUAGAUGGAGGACCGUUUCCAGUCACUAUCCACAAUCUAAAUACCAUACAUUAUAACAUGCAGUUGUGCCUGUGCAGUCUGAGUGAUGACGACCGAAGAGUUGCUCAUGGGGAGCUGGUCGGGAUGCAGUUUCUAAUGGAGGAUAUACUGCAGAGUAGCUAUGAUGUUGUUAUGGAAGAUCAUGCUGAAUGGCAAACUGCUGUAACUAAGAAAAAACAGAAUUUGGCAGAAGUUGAUGAAUCACAUGCCAGUUGGUCAGAGAGCAGCAGAAAGACUUGCAAAGCUCCGCCAAGGCUGCACGAUCCAGUUACUUCACGUGCUUUGCUGAGAUCUUUUCUGAUAACGUGGAAGCAAUUGGAAGUAUUAAAGGCAGAAUGGGGUAGACUUAAACUGAAAGUCGAGGAUAUCAAUACAGUUCCUCUUUACAAACAGUUUGCUGAGCUAUAUGGCACUGACAUCCUAUACCCUGCUAUGAGAGCCAUUGCCAGGCAGAUGGGCACAGAAGAUGAGUUUGAAGGACUUGUAACAAGCUCUCAGUCUAUACUUCCCCCCAAAGGAGCAUCAGAAAUUGAAGUCAAAACACGGCAGCUUCAAAAACUGCUGGAAAGUCUAGAAAUACACAUGAUCCAUGAUGUGAAAAAGAAAAUUAACCAGGAGAUGACACUAGUUACAUCUGAAAGAGCAAGAGCAGGAAGCGGCCUUCCUACAGAGCUCUGGAAGCAUCGAGUCAUGCAAGAAAACUUCUCAGUUGUAAGACCACAAAUAGUCGAAACAUUUGUUCAGAGACUAAUGGAAAAUUACCAAGAAUCUGAUGUAGAGAUUACAUUUAAAAAAAGCCAUUUACAAAACUGCCUCACUGCACUGGGCUGUGACAUCAUGGCCAGAGAGCGCAGCAACUUUGAGACUUACACUGUGUUUUAUGAAAAUCUGCUUCAGCAGGAACAUCAGCUACUCUACCAAAAAGAACAGGAACUGCAUGUAGUAGAAGACGGUGGAAGGCAGACUGAUGUAAACCUUAGUCAGAUAGCAGAGCUGAGUCAUGAGAUGAUUAUGGAAAUAACUGCUCUAAGAGCCAGACUCACUAAUCUAGAAAAAGAAAAUCUCUGUCUCAAAGAGGAGAUAAGGAAAGAAGUACAAGAUGAAUAUGAAACGUUAGUGCAGAAUCUAUUUGUGACUUGUUUACAUCUAAAAGGGAAGCUAGAUGACUAUCGCCUUAAUAUGAGCCGACAAGUAUUUGAGAUCAUUAGUGAAGUGAGAAAAGAAGGGGUUGACAAUAUGAUUGAUUUGAAGAAAAAAUUUGGUUCCACUAAAGAUGAUGAUGGAUUGAAAGAACAUUUGUCUAAACAAGAGCAGCUGCAGACCUUGCAGGAUGAAAACACCAGACUAGGGGAGCUGGUGUGUAAGCUGAAAGUCCUGAGCUGUUGGAAGCAGACUAUUCAGAAGGCACAACUCUCUGUAAAGCUGAGAAAUGCAGAGAAGGAGGCCCUUCAAAACAAAGAAGAGUGUUUGAAUGCUAAGAUGCUGGCAGAACAAGAGGUGCUUUUAUUUCGUCAGCAGCUGGUGGCUAUAAGGAAGGCUCUGGCAAAAUCUCAAGCAGACAAUGAAAGACUAAAGAAACAGUUAGAUAAGCAGAAACACUUGCUACAGGAAGUAGAACAUAGGAUGACUCAAGAAGCCCAGAGCAGGCAACAGUUGGAUGUGAUGAAGGCAGCAAACAUGGAGAAGAUGCUGGAAGACAUGGGGCAGAAAGAACAGAGGCUGCAAUGUCUGACCGAAGAUGCUGAGAAAUCUUCUCAAAUAGUGCAGCUUCAGCAAAAACGGAUCAAAAAAGAAAUGCGGCAGAUAAGAAGCCAGUUGAUCCAAGAACGUAGUUUAAAACUGGAUGCCUUCCAGUGGGUGGAUGAACUGCAGUGUCAGGUUUAUGACUUGGAAGCUGUAACAUCCCAGAGAAACUCACCCACAGGAAUGAAGAAGAAGUCCAUUAAUCUGAUGUCUUCUAGUGCUAGCAGCGUAAGAAGUCCUUUGUCAGGUUCUGCAUCAUGGGCCCAGCGCACAGUGAUCUCGGCAUCCACUCUACCCAGGGAUUACAAGCAGAAUCCGUUGACUCCAGAUCCCAAAGGUAGCAAUAUAACAUCAGGAAAGACUGAAAGGCCAAAGACUGUGCCCAGCAGAUGGAAGAACAGAGUGAUAGAUGCUCUUUUACCAGACCUGGCUGAACACACACAACCUCCCAUCCUCAUGCAGCAGCAUGAACACAGGCUGGCCCAAAAGUGAGCUGAAAUGUACUUUUGAUUAAAAUCAGAGGGUGUUUUCAGACCUAUGCAUUUGUAACUGAUCUGGCUAACAUGGAGUGGGCUAAUGAAAUUUAUGCAAAGUCAAACUGAUGUACAAAGUAACACGUGCUCUGACUGGGCCCUGGUCUACACUACAAACUUAUAGAGGUAUAAAUAUGUUGCUGAGAGAUGGUUAUACCGACCUAACUCCCAGUGUAGACAGUGCUAUGUUGGGGAGGUGGAAUACCUACGCUGAUGAGAGAAGCUCUCCCAUUAGUGCAGGCAGCAUCUUCACAAAGCGCUACAGCGGGGCAGCUGGCCCGUUGUAAGUGUAGACAAGGCCUGACAAUCCUUUACUGGUGUGAACUGUGAAAGGCUUUUUGUUUUAUAAAGACUGUGCAUAUUUGGCAAUAUGCACAGGUAUGGAGAACCCCCAAAAUAUUAACCACAUUCCAGGAUUUGCUAUGGUCAUUCAGUGACAGACCUGCGGGUGGCUAUAUUACAACAGAAAAACUUCAAAAACAGACUCCAACGAGAGACUGCUGAGCUAGAAUUGAUAUGCAAACUAGACACAAUCAACUCCGGUUUGAAUAAGGACUGGGAAUGGCUGAGCCAUUACAAACAUUGAUUCUAUCUCCCCUUUUAAGUAUUCUCACACUUCUUAUCAAACUGUCUGUACUGGGCUAUCUUGAUUAUCACUUCAAAAGUUUUUUUUCUCUUAAUUAAUUGGCCUCUCAGAGUUGGUAAGACAACUCCCACCUGUUUAUGCUCUCUGUAUGUGUGUAUAUCUCCUCAAUAUAUGUUCCAUUCUAUAUGCAUCUGAAGAAGUGGGCUGUAGCCCACGAAAGCUUAUGCUCUAAUAAAUUUGUUAGUCUCUAAGGUG